CGCCCCACGUUCUUCAUUUCUCCUUCUUAACGUCAGUAUAGUUUCAUGGAAGCCCGUGCGAUUGCGCUCUGAAAGCACAAUGGCCGCGUAAUUGUUUGCAGCAGACUGACAGCCGCAAACUCCGCAGUGCAUCAACGCAGUGCACUGAUUUUCAACUAUAUUUCUAUCAAAAUGGCGUCCUUUGUGACAUUCCCCAGCACUGCUGUAGCAGACAGCAUAGAGGAAACGUUUGACUUUCACCAGAUCCGAGAUCUCCUGAUCCUGCGUGUGACCCACAGCCAUGUCACUAAUGAGCUCACAGUUUGGCCCAGACGAUAUGGAGGCCCUGUUCUGGGGGCCUUCGAUUCUGACGGCUGACCCAAUCCAGUCCCUACUGGACACUGAUGAAAUGAUUGCCUCCCGGCCAGAGGAAGCAUCUUCUUCGCCCCUCUCUUCUCUUUCUUCACCUUCUUCUCAGUUCUCCUCUCUCUCCCCUCCAUCCUCCCCUACUCCUCCGUUGCCGGAUGACAAAGUGGGCGGAGACUUGCUGCCCCUCCCUUGGGUGGCUGCAAACCAGUUGAGCCAUGCCCAUAUAGAUUCAGGUGACACAAAAGAGGACGCAUUCUCUGGUAUGGACUGGAUGGCUGAGACGAUGGACCUGAAUGAUUUUGAUCUGGACUCUUUCAUCACCUCCUGUGACCCUGAAGACUCCCCCAGCUCCCCAGAGGAGCUUGUCAACACCCUGGACUCCCUCGAAUCCCUCCCCGAUCCUGUCAUCGAUGCUGCCACUCCAAAUCUUGAUGCCACCACUCUCCCUACUCUGGUCCCAGAGGCUCAGGCGGAGCUGGAAAUCAAGAUGGAGCCCCCUUCUCCGGUUCCCUCCCCAUCUGUGCUACCCCCAACCUCCCCAGACUCCACCCUGGAGCUGGGCAGUGAGGUGGACAUCUCAGAGGUGGAGAAGCCCAUUCCGGUGGAGUUGCCGCAGGUGUCCAGGAUCGUGCUUACCCUCUCUCCGACUCGCAUCGUCCUGCUCCUUGCCCCCCCAAAACAGGAGGUGGGCAUCACCCCAGCCCCUUCCUGCGCCAUGGACCUCUCCAGCAGUGGCAGUGACACAUAUUUGACCUCGAAAGCCUACCAGGUCAACUCCAGUCGAACCCAACCCUACCCCGCCCCGAGUUGCGCUACCAGGCUCAAACCCAGCCCAGAUUUGGUGGUGGUUCCGGUGGCCUCCGGAGGAGGAGGAGGGUCCAAAGCCCGGACAAGAGUGCUGGAGAAGAAGCAACGAAAGAUGGAGCAGAACAAGACGGCGGCGACGCGGUACCGCCAGAAGAAGCGGGUCGAACAGGAGUCCAUUCAGACAGUGUGUGACAAGCUAGAAGAGAGAAAUCGGGAGCUAAGCGAAAGGGCAGAUUCCAUCGCCAAGGAGAUCCAGUAUUUGAAAGAGCUCAUGGAGGAGGUGCGGCAACGGAAGGCCCUGACCUAAGGGAAAGGGCAGCAAGUUUUAGUGUGGUGUGAAGUGUAGGAUUAGGAUGGCAGACGCUGGUAGUGGAAACCUAAAGACUGGUAACAGAAAAGUUUUCGAAGUACGAGGAGGAGGAAAGGAAGUUGACUAAUGUGUCCUAUUAUGUCAUGAUGCAUCAUUUCAUUAUUUGUAUAGACUUUGUGAAGAUGAGCAUCCUGUUCCCUAAUGCAUGUCAGUCACAGCAGUAAAUUAGAUGUUUCUCAGUAGUACUAUUAUCAGUAUGAAAAUGAUUGACCUAAGUAAUUCUUAUCUUGGACCUGUAGCACAGUAUUACAUUCAGUUGUAUGUUGUAUCUUGGGAAUUUAAUCUAUAGGAUUAAUAUCAAGAUCAUUUUGAAAAUUAUGUAAAUCCUAUAACAAUAUACCAGGUCUUUUGCUUUAAACAGACACUAUAAGGUUUUUCGUGUAUUCAAGUAUGUAUUUUAUGAAAUCACAGAAUAACAGCUACAGAAAGCCACACAUUAUGUAGUGACCAAUGAUUACAUUUUUCUACCUGUUCCCCAUAUAUGUACAUAAUAGCACAAUACAAGCCCUUGAUGAGUCCAAACUAGUUGUCUUGUUGAGAAUGUAGUGUAUAGUAUUCUAUUUACUGACCUUCAUGUAUCCUGAAACGAUCUUUUGUCAUAUCUUGUACUGUUGAACUUAGUGUUCAAUAAACUUUUAACCUAC